UUGGCGAUCAUGGUCUUGUAAUCGGUCGGUGAACCGUUUGUUUACCAGGCACACCACGGCCGCAGCAAGUGGGUGUAGGUCAGGAAGCGUUGGUGGGGGCCUCCGUGCCGGCCACCAGUCCGUUGCCGACGACGGGCGCGAGCGCAACCAUCGCGCAGUCAUGGACCUGCCUCCAGCGCCCUCCACGCAAAUACUGGUUCUGUGAUUUGAACGAAAGUGAUUCCGACCACUGUUAUGAUCUAAUGAUGAUAAACUCCUCGUGAUAUAUUAUAAUUAACAAAUUACUUGAAGUGUUUUUGUGACAGUGACGCGAGGAUCGACGGAUUUUUUUUAAAGACUGCAGAUUAUUUCCAUCAUGGGGAACCGUCCACAUAACGCCCAACAAUGGAUUUUUACGCUGAUGCUUGUAACUUUAUUACGCAACGUGUCAGGGCAAUGUCCCUGGGUAGGAUCACCAGCCUUACAGUCGACAUGCGUGUGCGCAUUCAAUCUAGCCAGCGAUCUCUCAGUUCAAUGCGACCAGGUAGAUUUCCCGGUGCUCUUGGCAGCACUAAACUCCAGCGCAAAGGAUAUGAUCAUAGAACUUUUAUACGUAAAUAACUCGACAGUUUCGACUCUCACCAAUGGCAUGUUCGCCAACCUUAAGAUAUACAACUUACAAAUAUCAGGAUGCAAAAUCAAGACAAUAGAAGAAGACGCCUUUAGAGGCCAAAGUGUUUACCUCAAAAAUUUAAACUUGCAAGACAAUAAACUUACCGAAGUACCGACAAAUGCCUUAAAAGUUCUUACCAACCUAUCACUCUUAGACAUAUCAAAAAAUCGUAUUACACAUAUAAACAACUAUUCGUUCUCUACACUUCGCAAACUAACAACACUAAAAAUUUCCGAUAACAAUGUGACGUUAGCGACAAACGCACUAUCCGGUUUAGAAAUUUCAUUAAAAAAUCUCAAUCUCAAAGGAACCAGACAGAAAACAGUACCGGAAUGCAUAAGAGGACUCCGUAGUUUAGCAUUUUUAGACUUAUCUCAAAACAGCAUAAGAGAGCUACCUGGUCCGGAAGGAAGCAGUACAUUUGAGGGGUUGGACUCCCUUACUGCAUUAAAUUUAGAAAGAAAUUUAAUAGUAACCCUUAGGGAGGAUGCUUUUGCCGGUAUUCAAAAUACAUUAAGCUCUUUAAGCCUUUUAAAUAAUUUAUUGCCAGAAUUUCCGACUGCUGCAAUUGGAAGUUUAAACGAUUUAAGAGUAUUAGACAUAGGUUUUAAUUUAUUGAAUAAGUUACCAAAAGAAGCUUUUCGUCAAAAUCCAGCUAUAACAUUGUUAGCCUUGGAUGGAAAUCCUUUACCUACUGUACCAAAGGAAGCAUUUAUACAUUUAAAUCAGUCGUUGCGCGGUCUUAGUCUAGGUGGAAGAUUCCUAAACUGCGACUGUGGACUACGCUGGAUCAUAGAGUGGAUACGUAAUGGGGAACUACAGGUGACUUCCCGGGAAAGAAAUCCACAGUUUUGCGGAAAACCAGCACAUUUCCGAGAACGAGGCUUUUAUAGUUUUGAACCAAGUGAACUGGUUUGCGAUUAUGAUACAACAAUUAUUCCUGAAGUAUCAUCCACUUUAGGGGAGUUAAAUGAUUGGAAGAUAAGUCAAACCACGACCAGUACGACAACUAUUAGCACUACAACCACUACCGCCCGACCAGUAACUAGUAGUACAACAACUGCGACAACACCAGCACCUCCUGAAAAAGUAAGCAACGUAGACCUUCCGAGUAGGCCCGUUACCACACCGUCACCAACGUCGUCGUCAACCACACUCAGUACAGCCCGGCCGAGUCGCGUUCCAUCGGUUCGCCCAGUUUCACCAACAUGGCGACAUGCUCCUAAUCAAAGACCACCAUUAGUAAUGAAUUUCCCACAUCAGAAACCGAAAGUUGAUGACUCUAAUGAAGUUAUAGUGAAAAAUGCUUACAGACAAGACAAUUCUGUCAUUAUACAAUGGGAUUCUGAUGUUGCCAAUAUACUGGGCUUUCGAGUAGUUUAUCGACUUUUUGGAGAUAAAAGUUUUAAACAAGGACCGCCACUGGAGGCAAGCGAACGAGAAUUCAAAAUCAAAAACGUUCCAUCUCAGGAAUGUAUCGUGGUCUGCGUGAUCUCCUUGGAGGAGGUGCACGUGAGUCCAGAGACAGUGCCAUAUUCUCAAUGCCGUGAAGUGCGCACCGUUUCCGCUGCAGCCUCCAAUAUGGACAAGAUCACGAUAGCAGCCAGCGCAGCCAUCUGCGGCACAAUCGUGGUGGCAGUGCUCGUGUUCGCAGCCGCCUCGAGACGUCGCUCUCGCACCGUUCACCGCCUGCACAGCCAGGUGCCUGAGAAACUGCCCAACCCUUGUUGCGGCGGCAUCACUGGCACGCCGAGCCCUAGUGGACCAUUGUCAUCUCUUGCUACGCUCGGCGCGUUUGGAAAACAGCGUGAGUGGGAUCAAGUGUCGGCUUACAGCGCACGUUCGAUCCCUCGCGCACGCACCUAUAACGAACCGGCUCCCCCGGAUCCUUUGCCAGGUCGACCGGGCCGAGCACGAUCUCUCGCUGAUGGUCAAUCGCAACAUAGCUACGCACAUUCUGGACGGUACGGAAUGCCGGGGUACCCUGGCAGUCUAUUAGGAUCAAGAGCUGAUUUACGACAAUCUCGCCAGUCUCUAGGAGGAGCAUCAGAGAGGGCUUCUCGUUUGUCUUUGAGCGGCGCUGCAGGUGGCGCCACAGGCGGCACGUCCGGGUCUCGUCGGAGGCCGCGUUCUCGUUCCCGCCCGGCGAGUAGGUACAGCGUCGGCUCUCUAGGCAUGGGCUACUGUGAUACUUCCGACAACUGGACAGAUCACGACAUGGACAUCUAUAUGGCGCGAAAUCCGACGACGCGCAGCGGCUUGGUACCUUUAUAGCGUGUAAGGAGCACGGCGCGGAGAGAAGCGACACCUCGCGUGCGCUGCUUGCCCUCGCGGAUAGCCGCCACGAAGUGCACCUCGUGGUAUACUCAUGAGUAUUGCAUAGCUCCGCGCUACCACCGCCAUUCACGACCACACCGACAUAAUUACGGAAAACUUAACACUCAUACAAAUGUGCGUUGCGACAAACAUGCAUGAAAGUUAAAAAUGACUUCAAAUAUUAAUGUCAUUUUGCAUAUUGCAUUAAUGUCACCAACCAAAAUUACAUGACGAUUUUGUACAGUAAGUAAA